GUCACAGCAUGUCACUUUCAGCAAAGAAUUCAUCGAUAAAGGAUUUGUUCCUCUUUGAGAAUCAGAUCUGGAAACGCAAAUGGGCUCAUAUUAGGAGAUGAGCUACUGUCUUCUUUGGAUGGAUUUGAUCAUUUAAUUACCGCUGGCAAAUUGGAUCAAACUUAAUUGUUCUUAAGGGGGCACUCAUCCAUUUCAUUGAAGUUGAAAUCUACUAUGUCAAAGUACCGAUCUACAURUGCUUUUAAAGCAAAGUCAAGUCUAAAGGACGAGGAAACCAAGAAGGAGAUAGAUCGACAACAUGCUUUACUGCUCGCCAACCUGGACAAGAAGCAACUACUUGGCAAUGUCACAAUGGAAGACCAUCGUCACUAUCGCCAGGCAGCCAGUUUGACACAGAAACAGCGUCGCGAGCGAUAUGAAAUCACUACGCAAAAGAAAGAGCUUCUCCAUGACCUGCGCAAAGUUCGCUCAAGUUACACAGGCCAUUAUGAUGACACGAAGAGUCCCUUUGAAAACAUWCAYCAAGCAUUGAAAACAAAAUCSCWGACGCCACCAAAAAGCUCUCGUUUGAGCCCCAUGCCAAACAGUUUCGCCAUSAGGCGAUGUGUAUCCAAUGAAAUGCUUCGACCUUCAACAUCGCUUYGCGGAAUGGAUAGACGACCGGUCUCCAGCAGCUUCAGUGGGCAGCCRGYUGAUUCUGAAAAGACYAGGCCRAAGACUGCUGCUGUCGUUACAGUCACAAAUAAGACUAAAAAAGGAGCUUCAAGUUCUAAAAAACCUUUGAAAAAGGAAACAAAAAGUUGAUAAGUUUAUUGAUCUUAUCAUUCAAUGCAAACGAUAAAUUUAUUAAGUGUUCCUUUUAAGAAUGAAAUAUUGAUAUUUCUUCGCAAGCUGCAUGGUCCAAAAGUAAAUGGAAAACUUGGAAUGAAAGGAUAAACACUCCGUCUCGUUUUGACCUUAAAUGAGUUAGCGUAUGCGAAUUAUAAAUAGUGUUUCAAGUGUUAAGGGUCCAGGAAUAUGGUUURAAUGGGGUCAUAUGUGAACUUUUCUGUUCAUUUUCAUACAUGUUUCCCUCUUUUUUUCUUUUUUCUUUUCAUUUUCUUCUUUUCCAUGUUAUUGACGUCCAAAAUAUGGUAACAACUGAAGAGGAAGCAAAUAUCUAAAUAAAUAGAUAUUUUAAUUGUACAAUGAAAAAAUACCGUGUAUCUCAUUAGUAUCAUUAUCAGUUUUUUGAAUAAAUAAAUUUGACCAUGAACAGGA